GACCCGCCCCUGCCCCGGCAGCGGGAGCUUGAAGCGCCUGAGGAGAGCGAGGCAGGGAAGGGGGUUUUGCAGGGUUCUUUCCUCGUUCACCCUGGCCUGGGGGGUUUGUGCUCCCCGAGGGGCCUUCCUUCGCCCCUCAGUCCUGCGGGUUGGUGCUGUUGCUGCGGUUUUGGGGUGCAGCACCUCAGAAAGAGCUCCACGGGGUUGUGGCCUUGCUUAUGGGCUGCCCAGGCUUCGUCCUCCUUGUCUGCGGGUGGAAAACUAGCAAGGCAAAAGCUGUAUUGAGCGUUAAUAGAGCCUUUUGUUGUUGAGACAGUAAAAGGAGUGCGUACCAUUAUAUAACGUAGCUAUUAGCAGGAAAACUGAGGACGUAGUUAACAGACGUACCCAGAGUGCAAAAGUCAAGUAAGUACUGAAAGGCAAAACUGUCUUUUCCCCUUCUAACUCAAAUUUUCUUUACUUGCUGGACAGAAUUUUUUUUUUGUGGUGAACAGUUCUGCUUGAGAAUGCCAAGGAUUCUUAGCCUAAGAUACAGGAAAAGGAUUUCAAAAGUGUAGAUCUGUGUGAAUGUGCUGCCAAGUUACAACAUUAGCAAACCAGUGAAAAAAGUAUUUGCUGUGGUCAUUUGAAAACGAAUUUGCAUUAGAAAGUAAAGGCAGAGAAUUCUAGGAUUGGUUUUUUUCAAGGUAUCUUAGACUUGAAAUGAUUUUGCUCCUUGGAAAGACUUACUGCAUAUUUGUGACAUAGAGUAUACAUAAAAAUGAUGUAGCUUUUUCUAGGCUCUUGCUUACAACAAGAAAUAAUAGUAUUAAGCUUCCAUUAUACUUAAUCGAUGCUAUGAGCUUCCAGUUUAAUUGAUAGAUUGCUAAAAUUCCUGAUUAACUAGACUCUACUAAGGCUUGGGGUUUUUUAAUAGAGUACCGUAUGUUCAGUUUUGAACAGCUGGGAGGGAAUGUUGACUUCUAAGAUAAAUGAGGACCUCCAUCCUUUGGUAUCAAGCCAGGAAGACCAGGGUUGCUCGGCUGUUGAGGCUUUGGCAUACUGAAGCUUUGACAGUUUUCAUCUGUGAAGAGGAAGCCCCUUGUGCCAGCCCUCUGUUGCCUAGUUUUGGUUUGCAGGAUUUUAUUCUUGAGAGGCUUCUGUUUCAAAACUCCAAAUUGCAAUUUGCAGAGACUGCUAUUCAUCUCAAGAUGGAAGAGUCAGUGCUGGAUAAAUUGCCAUCUUUGUGCAAUACUCCAAAGGAUUCUGGAACAGCACCUGCACAGGGGACUAGUUCAGCAAAGCAGCAAAUGAGUGCAGCUCUGAGGGAACGAUUACGGAAAACAAGACGUUCAUUUAAUGCCAGUUUUACAGUGGCAAAGCGCCUCAAAAUAGACACAGAAGAAAAAGAUUCUGCUGGUGCUGACACAGGGUGCUUGCCAGAGACAAGUACAGACUGUUCCAGAUUACAAGAUGGUUCUGAAAACCUGGAAGGAAAUGGCACUGGACACACAUGUUUCAAAAGUUCCUCACAGGAGAGUGAUCCCUGUGGGUCAGCAGAGAAUUCAGAUGUGCCACAGGUUGAUCUUGGUCAGCAGCAGUCCCUGGAAGAAAAAGUAAAGCUGGUGAAACAAGUGCAAGAGAAGGAAGAGCUACUGCGUAGGCUCAAACUGGUGAAGAUGUAUUGGUCCAAGAACAACCUGUCUGAGCUGCAGGCUUUGAUAGUGAAGUGGAGAAGUAGCACCCAGCUGAUGCUGUAUGAGCUGCAGUCAGCCUUUUCUGCAGAUGGCAAGAAAGUGAGUCUCACUGAGCUCAUCGAUACUUUUGGGCUAGAAGACCAAUUACUGCACUACAGCAGAACAGAAGAAGAUUUUGUAGAUGUGUAAUCUACAGCUGUAGAGCUUCCUUUGCACAGACACAAAAGCAGAAAAGACUGAAUAAAUUCUGAUUGUGUCAGAAGUGUUGGUCAGACAAUGGACUUCAUGUUUUGGGGUUAGGAGGCUUUCUCCAGAGAUGCUUGUAAAGCUGUGAACAUACAUACAGUAGGCACUGUAAAAGAAAUUACUUAUGGAAAAGAAAUCAAACUUGGUGAUAUUUUGGAGAAUCUGGCUUAAUGACUUGGUCAGUGAUUUUUUAUUUAAUAAAAACAAAAUUAAGUCAUAGUUUAACAGGUAGAACGCAGUUCAUUUUUGAUUUGUUUUUGCAUGGUCAGAUGGGGAAGAGUUCAGUUUGUUUGUAGAUACACCCAUUUUACAAACCUCUUCCUGGUGCCAGUCAGCCAAUGAAGGCUAAUGACAGCAUUUUGUGAGUUAAGUGAAGAUAGCUAAUUCUCAUGAUGUUAAUAUUCCAGAGCUGAGAUAAGAUGUUCUCACUGGCUUUAACUCCUACUGAGGGAAAUGUGCCAUAAUGCAGUGCUUUCAGAUGCUGGUCCAGACAAUGUCUUCAGGGCUGCUAUCUCACAAGCUUUCUGCCACAUCCUGAGGUAAUAGAAAGGAAGGCAAGAACAUCGAAACCAACUUUCUACUCUUCUACUGCAUCUGAGAGCCAAGGUGUUUUCUCUCUUCAAAUAAAUAAGAAACACAAGGCCUUGUUUAAUGGAAUUGCUUCAAACACAGCAUCAUAAAGCUGAAUAAAUCUUUACCAUUUCAUUUAUUCUCCAA